AUGGCCGCAACCUCGUCGGUCUCCCUGUCCACCACGUUGGAGCCUUUGCCUCCAGUCUUGCGGCACGGGCUGGUGGCGGUAGCAUUCUUUGGGACUCUUUCUCUCAUCUCCAGUGUCGCUCUCUUCACCUUCCUGACGUAUCGACUCUGUGUAUGGUAUCACAGAGGCCAACUCAAAGAUGGCGCCAACCAAUUCCUCCUCCUCAUCUACAAUUUGGUGCUGGCAGACAUUCAGCAAGCCAUGGCAUUCGCGCUAACGUCGGUAUAUCUCUCCCAGGAUAAAAUCCAAGUGGGAACCACGACUUGCUGGGCGAAUGGGUGGUUCGUUUCGACCGGCGACCUUGCUUCUGGGGUCUUCAUCCUCGCCAUUGCCUUGCACACAUACUACGCCGUGGUGAGGGGCGGGCGUGUGGGAAACAAGGUGUUCUGCGGGGGCAUCAUCUGUCUAUGGAUAUUUGUCUAUGUGAUGGCUAUCAUUGGAGUUGGUAUAAAUUCCAAAAUAUACGUCCGAGCGGGAGCAUGGUGCUGGAUUGACAAGAGAUACGACAAAGAACGACUGUGGCUUCACUACUUUUGGAUCUUCGUCUGCAUGUUUGGGACUGUUGUCACGUAUAUUCUCAUUUUCGCCUACAUCCAAACCAAGUCACGGAGCAGGUCGAAUCCGAAUUUCCCCAACGACGAUGGCACCGACCCUGCUGCUACGAAACGUGCUGCGAAGUACAUGAUUAUCUAUCCUGUGGUCUACGUUGUUUGCACGUUGCCACUCGCGGGAGGUCGAAUGGCCGCGAUGACGGGGGUGUCGGUUCCAUAUUGGUGGUUCUGCUUGGCCGGAGCCGCUAUCAGCUCCUGUGGAUGGCUGGAUGUUGUACUCUACGCAGUGACCAGGCACGUCUUGAUAUUUGGCCGAGCACCUCCGCCUCCUCAAGACUUGGGUCUCGAUACCUUCGGCUGGAAGGACGUCGGUGACAAUUUUUGGGGAACGAGGACGACCAUCAGUGGCCCUCUAGGCGACCCUACUACUCGACGGCGUGAUAAGCGCGAUUUCCUGGGGCGAAGUACGCCACGCCCGCCUCGCUCGCGACAGUCGGAUGAAUACCACUUUGCAAGACACCCGGAAGGGGUCAUCACGGCUAAAACCACAAUCGAGGUUCGUUCGGGUGCCAUUAUCAACUACGCCGACUCAGAUAUAAGUGCCAUUGAGAUGGAAGACAAAUCCGAGCGUACGCAUUCGCAUUCUCACAAUGACUGA